AUGGAUGUUGUCGAUGCAAAUGUCGACAUCCAUCAAGACCCCAUAGAUGCCACUGAUGAAGAUGCUGCAGGACAAGCAGAUGACGAUAUUGUGAUGGAACAAGAUCAGUUCUUCCACAUGCAACACACACCAGCGUCCUCCUGUUCAUCAUCAACCCCCAGUUUUUUUCGUGGAUCUACCUCUACAGGCUCAUACACUUCCUUACCAUGUCUUUGCCCACCAAUCACACCUAUAUCAACACAUUAUUCUGACCAAACUGCAGUGUCGCUCAACUCUCCGGAGCCUCUACAUGAAGACCAGUCCAACAGCCAAUAUCCUUUUUUUUCCAGCUUCAAAAAACCAACCUCCAGCCACAAUGCCACUCCACAUGACUCUGACUCUGAUGUCAGCGCCAGCAAUGCAAUGAGGGGUUUGCAGUCACCUCGUCUCGUCCUCCAUCAUGCAAAUGUGCCAACAAUGAUCAAGCUUCCACUGCUGCUGCCGCCGAGUGGCUCUGAAACAGCGCAGCCACUGAUCCAGCAAGUUGGCGAAAAGCACAAUGGUCGUGUCGAGCACGAUUGCUACAAGCGAUUGAAGCUUGAGAGUGACAUGUGGGCUAGGGAACUUAAAGUACGCAAUGCUCACGAUGAACGAGAACAUGCUAUGUGUCUCGCUGAGCAAGACCACCUGCACAAACAUGAGCUCAUGGGUCACCAACUGGAGCAUGCAAAGCUAGAGCUUGAGCUCGCCCGUGCAUGUCGAGAAGAAGAGGAGGCAAGGAUUUGGUGUAUUGCAAUGGAGCAGAACCUGGGUCAAAAUUGA